GGCUGAUGUGACGCGAGGCUGAGCAAGAUGACAUUCACACACAUAAGAGGUUCGAGCACCGCGCCGCUACCUAAUGUGAGACCUCGAGUCUGCUUCAAAAGGGACACUUUCCAACCCUGAUCCAGCGAUCUCGUGACAGUCCAUAUGUUGCUCACGCAGCUAUGUCUAGAAACCAACAAGACCCCUACUGGAUCGACACUGAUGAGCGAGAACAUCAGGAACAAGGCUUACUCUACCGAGAAUUCGAAAUGCAACGCGAACCAUCUCCACUCAACACGCCAGUGACGGCACAGCGUACCAGGCCCGACGAUGCACCAACCACAUCUUCGUUGCAGGGAGAAAAGUCCUCGAGGACGAUACCAGGCUGGCCGUCGUCGCCAAAGCCCAUCAACACACCGAUAUACGUUCAAGUCCUCAACGCCAUCUUCGAUAUAAUCUUACUCGCUGGUUCAACUGCCUUUUUCGCAUUUGCCAUCGUCGUCGGUGUACACGACCAAGUUCCCACAGCAGAUUAUCCACGCCUGACUACGACACUGAUCGGCGCUACAAAAUAUGGUCCAACCGUUUUCCCUAUCCUGUUCGCUUCAAUCGUCGGCCGCGCAGCACACGCAGUCCUUCUCUGGCGACUUGAGAAGGGCGGGCGAAUCGGCACAUUGGACACACUCGCUAGUAGUACUUCACUUACUAGCACUGUGACCUCACAACUCCAGCUUCGCUCAUUUAGUACACUAAGUGUAGCAUUACUGGCUGUGUGGAUGUUCUCACCGAUUGGAGGCCAAGCCUCGGUCAGAAUGAUGACCAUCGGGUCGAAAGAUACGAAAAUAGAUGAUUCCGCGUGGUAUAUGGUCAACCAUGGUUACCUUGGUUCAUACUCCUCAGGAGAGACGGAUCUCCAAGGCAAUGCGAUGGCGGGUGUGGUAUUCGUAGCAGCCCUCAUGGGUUCACCAGCGACGAAGUCCUCCCCGCUUGAUGUAUGGGGCAACGUCAAGGUGCCGAGAAUUGAAGGCUAUGAACAGGCCGUAGCGAUGGACCAUGAUGGCUGGUAUGAAACCAAAGACGGCGAUAGCGACGCAUACUCAUCUCUUGUUGGGAUACCAAUCCUCGGCAUGAACCAAUCGAAUUUCAUCGACUACAGCAUGCGGAUCCACUCGCCAUAUUUCGGCCUAGAUUGUUCUAUCAAUACUACAGUAUCGGAAAUGGACUCCAUUCUCGUCAAAACACUUCCUGGGUUGUCCUCAAAUGCAACUAGCCCCGGCUCUAUGCUUUUUUGGGACAUUCCAGAGUUUUCGAUUCUUGCAAAUAUGAGUCGGGAAAGUUGGAGGGAUAGAGCAUCGCCAGAGACAAUAUCUCCGCUGAAGAUCAAGUACGUCCCACUGUAUCGCAGUAAUUUCACUCUUACCUGCGAUGUGACACAGUCAUAUGUCGAGACUGAGAUCCGAUGCCCGACUCAUUCGACCUGCGCAGCAAAACGAGUACGACGAUCGAGAUUGAAUCAAUUUCCAGCCGCUUGGACGUUGCUGGAUAUCUCUUCGCGGACACCAAAACAUCUGUUCCAGGGUAUACUGAAGCCAUUUGCCGGCGGAAAGCUCCGCUAUCCACAACUGUUCGACCGUUACCUUGCAGAUCCGAAUCUAAUCAACUCGAACUACGCCAACGUAUCUCAAACAACAGAGGAGAAAUAUACUAUCCGACUUGGCCAAAUGCUCAAUGCUUACUUCUCUUGCUUGAAUGGAUUCUUCGCCAUCACUGCAGGUAUUAACAACGACACCGCUUACUUCUGGGACAACAAUCAAACCUUUGAGCUCCCACCUAACGUAAACGGCUCAUGGCAGAAUCUUUACCACUCAACAGUCUCAAACAACAUGCUGAACGACAUGUUUGAGACGAAAUCAUGGACAAGUGCAGUAACGAAGACCGAGCGGAAAGAGGUCAUCAUAGCUCAUCGCAUUUGGAUCAUUGCUCUAUGUCUCGCUUCCAUCAUACUCAUCGUUUCGAGCUUGAUAGCCCCGUUCAUUCGUAGCUUUCUCGCCACAGGAGUGGACGUGGCGAUGAAUAUCUCGUCACUUGCCACUAGGAAUAAUCCUCACAUGUCACUACCACAAACGGGAACUUUUUUGGAUGCUUCCGAUCGUGCUGGAUUACUUUUUAACCAUCAAGUACGCUUCGGUGACGCCAAUAGUUCAGAGGACGUCGGCAGUCUUGUAAUAGGCUCAUUUGACCGCGCAGGAGAUUCAGGCAUUGCGAGAGUGCGCAAGAGGCGUCUGUACAAUUGAAACGCUAUCUAAGCGUGCGUACCAUCCGCAGAGUUUUAGCCAAGCGCUAUAUGCAGAUCGUGCUAUAGCUACAUGACUUUGUCACUGGCAAGAUACGAUUCUUGUUUGAUCUAGACUCAAGUAGCAAUCAAGGACUUAAUUAUAACCAUGUCGAGAAUUGGAGCGACGUCUUGCAAACUCGGGCCUUUGCCUCCAGACUGAGAAUAUAUCUGAAGUUGUUCUACCAUGGGAUUGAACUGAGCCUAAAUGAAACGACGAGGUAAGGCUAUGGGCUGAAGUCGAAAGGCAGAGCACGAGCCGAGCUCUGAUCGUGAGAGAGGCGUGGAAGUUAAAACUGCCGAUUUUUCGUGCAGAUGUCGAUUGGUUUCGAGAAGAAUAACUUGUUGCUCACGUCCGAUUGGCUUAACGAGCACUCUUAGUUUUUUUACCAAUAGUUUUCCAUUGCUUCUUUAGCCCG